AUGGUCGACGGUGUUGGCGGCCUUGGAAUAGGAGAGGGAGCAGCGGAAAUAGCUACCUGCAGUCGAGACGGGACUGUAAAAGUGUGGGAUCCUCGUCAGCCUGAUUCUCCGGUUGUGUCGAUGGAGCCAUCCCUCGAUGAAAAACGUCGAGAUUGUUGGGCGUUAGCAUUCGUAGUAAUGUUGAAAGUUUGUUCGUUGUGGAUCAUUGAAAAAACAUGUCUUUUAAGAAACAUUCAACAUAAAAAUAUCAGCACCACAUGCAUUAGAAGUUCUUUUUUCGACAGAUCAAAUUCAGAAGAUCUCUGGAAAACAGUGACCUCAGUAAGCCCAGCUGGUUUAAAGAAAGGACGGGGGAAGAUGAUCAAAAAAGUACUGGAUCUUAACACUGGUCAAAAAUUUGGAUUUGAAGUGAUUCCAGACCUAAAAAGUGCUAAAAUUUCGGCGUCCAAUAAUUUACUGUACUUUGAUUUGUUCGAAAAUAGGACAGUUUAUCAUGACAUGGAUUGGAGUUUUGGAGCUGCCAGAAUGACUGUGAUUCGGAAAGAUGCUGGUUAUGGAAUUAUUUCUCAGCGGAUAUUGGCAAAAUUAUUUUAUUUAGUCGGAGUUGAAGACGUUUAUGUUAAAUUACUUCGAAAAUGUAAGAAUAUUGAGUCAAUUUGCGCUGCCUUCAUUAAUGGAAUGCUAUCCAUGGAAACACACCAAAACCUGGCUGAUAAAACUGGACUUUAUUUGGUAAAAUGUUCUUCUGAUCUGAUGGGGUAUCCAAUAAUAUUGUCUCGGCCAUCUAACGAAGUUGAAUCUUCGGAUUUGAGCAUGUCUGAUUUAGAUAAAAUUAAAUUGGAUUACAAAAUACCAAGAAUUAAAUCGUUCACGUCAAAAAAGACCGUUCCCGUUUCUGAAAUGACUCACAAUCUUUUAUCACGGCAUCGAAGGAGGAAUCAGCAUUCGGCAACUAUCUUUAGAAAAGUCAAUAAAGGAUAUUCUCGUUUAAGAUUUCCCAGUGUUUUUUAUUCUGACGUGCAACUAUUCAGAAGUCCGCAUAAAGAGAGUGGCGAAUCGAGCGAACCAGGCAAGGUAAACAGUUCCCUUCAGGAUCGUCACUUAUUUUUAAAAGUUUAUGACCAAAGUGGUGGUUACGGAAUUCAACAAAUUUCUCGAAGUCAAUGA